UGCCGGGAAAGGAGCGAGGCGGACGCGCGGGCGGCUCCGGGUGCCUCCUCGAUGCGCCCCGGCGGGGAGGGCAGCGGCGGCCGCCAUGGGGUCGUGCGUGACCAAAGAUUUCCUCACAAGUGCCCACAAGGACCAGGCUGUUGUCACCCCUCAACUGGAAAGCCCCCCUGUUGCCCCACAAGAGAGCCAUGGCCUUUCCAAUGCCCCAGAGAAGGAGGGCAGCGAGAAAUGCUUCAAGCCCUCUGGCGGGCUCCUCUCCAGUGGAGACACCGGCUCCCCCAGCACCUACCACGUGACGGCCCUGGCCACCUCUUCCCUGGGGGGCCUCGUCCAGAGCAUCAAAGACCACGUCACCAAGCCCACAGCCAUGGCCCGUGGCCGCGUGGCCCACCUCAUCGAGUGGAAGGGCUGGAGCGCUCCGAGGACGGGCUGGGAGCAGGCCCUGACGGAGGAGGAGAUCUACGCCGACCUCACCGAUGAGCUGAAGGAGGCCUGGUUUGCAGCAGGUGUGGCUGAGCAGUUUGCCAUCGCCGAAGCCACGCUGAGCGCCUGGUCCUCCCUGGACGAAGAGGAGCUGAAUUAUGGAGGGCAUUCGCAGGAAGGCCCCCAGCUCCAAGACCUGAGAGGCCUCUAUCUGCGGCCAGGGACCUUUCUCCUCACCCCGCAGGGCACAGGGAGCCCCUCCAACUUGGACAGCAGCCUCCCAGCCUUCUCCCUCUCCAGCUGCAAGUCCCCCCUCCCCACCGGGUGGAGCACCCCGAUGGACAGCCUGGCGAAGGCCUUGCCCCAGGAAGCGGGGCAGGAGAGCCCUGUGGGGUCCCUGUGGCUCCAGCGCAGUAGCACCUCCCUCCGAUACGUUGAUAGCAGCUCCCUCUCGGAGGAUGAGGUGUUCUAUAACUAGAGGACUCUGGAGGGAGGGCAGAGGCUGGGCUGGGGGGGGCUUGUGUCAAGGGUUGCACCAUCACAUCCGGCGGGCGUUCCUGAGCGUUUGAGGAGGUUCUUCAACUUGUGGCACCCUUGGGUGACGUCUGCUUGCUCGAGCAAGCCGUGAAGGAGGUUAUGACAGUUGAAUCGCUUCAAUCAUACAUUCCUCCUAUGGGUGCACCCCGCCCAACAACUCCCCCCAAAAAACUGUUGUUGCUUUUUUGGUGGGUAUAAUCUCACUGCUAGGUAAAAGGUAAAGGGACCCCUGACCAUUAGGUCCAGUCGUGGCCGACUCUGGGGUUGCGGCGCUCAUCUCGCUUUAUUGGCCGAGGAAGCCGGCGUACAGCUUCCGGGUCAUGUGGCCAGCAUAACUAAGCCGCUUCUGGCGAACCAGAGCAGCGCACGGAAACACCGUUUACCUUCCCGCCAGAGCGGUACCUAUUGAUCUACUUGCACUUUGACAUGCUUUCGGACUGCUAGGUUGGCAGGAGCAGGGACCGAGCAGCGGGAGCUCACCCCAUCACGGGGAUUCGAACCGCCGACCUUCUGAUCGGCAAGUCUUAGGCUCUGUGGUUUAACCCACAGCGCCACCCGCGUCCCAAUCUCACUGCUACAGCCCUUUUAUUUAAACUGAACUUCCGGGGCCGCUCUGUUUACUAGCCCCAGGGUGCCUGGGUUUGGUAGGGGCAGCCAAGAAGGCCUCUCGA